GCAAUGUGACUGUGAAGCGCCAACACUAAAUAAAAAGAAUCGAAACUAAGCUAAAAUCAAGAAGUGAUUUAAAAUACCCAAAACAGAAAAACUGUGCCGCUUUAGACGCUUUAUACGUUUCAAAGAACCGAAAAGGAAAUACUCUAACGCCUAGAGUAUUCAACAGACCAUUAAAAACCUGAUGGCAACAACAACAACCACGCAGGCAGCAGGAGCUGCACCAGCUCUCAAUCUAUUGCCCGCCAGCAAUAACAACAUAAAUAAUACACUGAACAACAACAAUAACAAUAAUACUAGUAGCAGUAAUAAUAACAACAACAACGUAAUAAGCCAGCCGAUUAAAAUACCGCUGACCGAGCGCUUCUCAUCGCAAACAUCGACGGGCUCGGCGGACAGCGGUGUAAUUGUUUCCAGUGCAUCGCAGCAGCAACUGCAGUUGCCACCACCACGCAGUAGCAGUGGCUCGCUGAGCCUGCCGCAGGCGCCACCUGGCGGCAAGUGGCGGCAGAAGCAGCAGCGCCAGCAGUUGCUGCUCAGCCAGGACAGCGGCAUCGAAAAUGGUGUCACCACCCGUCCAUCGAAAGCCAAGGACAUCCAGGGUGCGGGAAAAGCCAGUCACAAUGCCACAAGCGCGAAGGAGAGCGGCGCGCAGUCGAACAGCAGCAGCGAGAGCCUGGGCAGCAACUGCUCCGAGGCCCAGGAGCAGCAGAGAGUAAGGGCCUCCUCCGCCCUGGAGCUCAGCAGCGUGGACACUCCCGUGAUCGUGGGCAGUGUGGUCAGUGGCGGCAACAGCAUCUUGCGCAGCCGCAUUAAGUACAAGAGUACGAACAGCACCGGAACCCAGGGAUUCGAUGUGGAGGAUCGCAUCGAUGAGGUGGAUAUCUGUGAUGACGAUGACGUCGACUGCGAUGAUCGCGGAUCGGAGAUCGAGGAGGAGGACGACGGCGUCAAUGUGGACGACGAUGUCGAGGAGGCCGACAACCAGUCGGACAAUCAGUCGGGUAUUAUUAUAAACCUCAAGAGCAAAACCGAACAAGAGGAGGAGGUGGACGAGGUGGAUGCCAAGCCGAAGAACCGGCUUCUGCCACCGGAUCAGGCGGAACUCACAGUGGCGGCGGCCAUGGCACGUCGACGCGAUGCCAAGAGCCUGGCCACCGACGGCCACAUAUAUUUCCCGCUGCUCAAGAUCAGCGAGGAUCCGCACAUUGAUUCGAAGCUGAUCAAUCGCAAGGAUGGCCUCCAGGACACCAUGUAUUAUUUGGACGAGUUCGGCAGUCCCAAGUUGCGGGAGAAGUUCGCCCGCAAGCAGAAGCAGCUGCUCGCCAAGCAGCAGAAGCAGAUGAUGAAACGGGAGCGGAGGAGCGAGGAGCAGCGCAAGAAGCGAAACACCACCGUGGCAUCCAACUUGGCGGCCAGCGGAGCGGUGGUGGACGACACCAAAGAUGAUUACAAACAACAACCACACUGUGAUACUAGCUCUAGGAGCAAACAUAACUCGGUACCCAAUCCACCCAGCGGCCACCUCCAUCAGAACCACAACCACCUCGUUGUGGAUGUGCAAGAGGAUGUGGCUGAUGUGAAUGUGGUUGCCACCAGCGACGUGGACAGUGGUGCCGUCAAGAUGCGCCGCCACAGCCACGACAACCACUACGACCGAAUCCCCCGGAGCAAUGCUGCCACCAUCACCACCCGCCCUCAAAUCGACCACCAGUCCCAGAACACCGAGGACGUGGAGCAAGGAGCCGAGCCCCAAAUCGACGGCGAGCCAGAUCUGGACGCGGAUGCGGAUGCGGACAGCGAUGGGAGUGGCGAGAACGUUAAGACUGCCAAAUUGGCCAGAACACAGUCCUGCGUCAGUUGGACCAAAGUGGUGCAAAAGUUCAAGAACAUACUAGGCAUGAAACAACUGAUCGGCAAGCUGAACGACCUGUGGCCCGAGCACAGCGUUGCACUGUCCAUUCCAAAGGAGGUCGAUAGGAGCAAGGAGAAGCUGGAGGGCGCCUGGGAGACGACAGGUCGCGAUGGUUCUAAAAUCACAACAGUUGUUGCAACACCCGGCCAAGGCACCGAUCGCGUACAAGAGGUCUCCUAUACAGACACAAAGGUCAUCGGCAAUGGCAGCUUCGGCGUCGUGUUCCAGGCCAAGCUCUGCGAUACCGGCGAACUGGUGGCAAUCAAAAAAGUUUUACAAGACAGACGAUUUAAGAAUCGCGAAUUGCAAAUAAUGCGCAAACUGGAGCAUUGUAAUAUUGUGAAGCUUUUGUACUUUUUCUAUUCGAGUGGUGAAAAGCUGGCCGAGUUCCCCAUCGAUUUGGGCAUAUUCGCGAGUGUGCUGAAGCCCCAGCGUGAUGAAGUAUUUUUGAAUUUAGUCCUCGAAUAUAUACCAGAAACCGUAUACAAAGUGGCUCGCCAAUAUGCCAAAACCAAGCAAACGAUACCAAUCAACUUUAUUCGGCUCUACAUGUAUCAACUGUUCAGAAGCUUGGCCUACAUCCACUCGCUGGGCAUUUGCCAUCGUGAUAUCAAGCCGCAGAACCUUCUGCUCGAUCCGGAGACGGCUGUGCUGAAGCUCUGUGACUUUGGCAGCGCCAAACAGCUGCUGCACGGCGAGCCGAAUGUGUCGUAUAUCUGCUCCCGGUAUUACCGCGCCCCCGAGCUCAUCUUUGGCGCCAUCAAUUAUACAACAAAGAUCGAUGUGUGGAGUGCCGGUUGCGUUUUGGCCGAGCUGCUGCUGGGCCAGCCCAUCUUCCCUGGCGAUUCCGGUGUGGAUCAGCUCGUCGAGGUCAUCAAGGUCCUGGGCACACCGACAAGAGAACAGAUACGCGAGAUGAAUCCAAACUACACGGAAUUCAAGUUCCCCCAGAUUAAGAGUCAUCCAUGGCAGAAAGUUUUCCGUAUACGCACUCCUACAGAAGCUAUCAACUUGGUGUCCCUGCUGCUCGAGUACACGCCCAGUGCCAGGAUCACACCGCUCAAGGCCUGUGCACAUCCGUUCUUCGAUGAGCUGCGCAUGGAGGGCAAUCACACCUUGCCCAACGGUCGCGAUAUGCCGCCGCUGUUCAACUUCACAGAGCAUGAGCUCUCAAUACAGCCCAGCCUAGUGCCGCAGUUGUUGCCCAAGCAUCUGCAGAACGCAUCCGGACCUGGCGGCAAUCGGCCCUCGGCCGGCGGAGCAGCCUCCAUUGCGGCCAGCGGCUCCACCAGCGUCUCGUCAACGGGCAGUGGUGCCUCGGUGGAAGGAUCCGCCCAGCCACAGUCGCAGGGCACAGCAGCAGCUGCGGGAUCCGGAUCGGGCGGAGCAACAGCAGGAACCGGCGGAGCGAGUGCCGGUGGACCCGGAUCCGGCAACAACAGCAGCAGCGGCGGAGCAUCGGGAGCGCCGACCGUGGCUGCCGGAGCCAAUGCCGCCGUCGCUGGUGGUGGUGGCGGAGCCGGUGCGGCGACCGCAGCUGCCACAGCAACUGGCGCUAUAGGCGCGACUAACGCCGGCGGCGCCAAUGUAACAGGCUCGCAGUCGAACAGCGCCCUCAACAGCAGCGGAAGUGGCGGAAGCGGAAACGGAGAGGCAGCCGGCUCGGGUUCCGGAUCCGGUUCGGGCUCAGGAGGCGGGAACGGCGGGGAUAACGACGCUGGCGACAGUGGAGCAGCCGCAUCUGGAGGCGGAGCAGCAGAAACCGAGGCAGCGGCGUCGGGUUAGCGCGAGCGAGGAGCUCUUUCAAUGUAAUGUUAUUAGCAGGUUUUUCGCUCGGCCCGGGGAUUCAGUUAACCCAUUUCGGCCAAGAGCGAGAUGACAACACCACACACACACACGCAGCUACACUCGAAAUAUGAAAGAGAGGUCGGAUGUUCCCCAGCAGAAGCUAUGAGUAAAUGAAAUGAGACAAAGGAAUUCACACACACAAAACGCCCAGUACCCUUACACACCCACACAACAAUAAACCCAACCCCACACACACACACCAACACAAACACACACACACACACACACACACAUGUAUGUAUGUAUAUCUAGCUAUAUGCAUUGGGCGCAAGCAAAUAUUUAGCAUAAAAUCGAAAUAAAACCAAAAAUCCACUUUAAACUAUGCAUAAAUAAUUAAAAUAAUUAUCUGUACUAUUAAAGACAAAGAGAAAUCCCGGAUGGAAUGUUGAGAAAUAAUCGGAAGACCCCUCGCCCGCGUCCCCAACCUUCAAUAUAGUAAAUAACACUUAACAACCAGCUCGCGGAACGUAAUAUAACUUAAGUAAAAAUGCAGAAGAAACUCGAAUGAAUACUUAGUGAAAUAAAUCAAAAUUUUUGCCCAUUUAACGUUUAUAUAUAUGCGCGGUUAUACAAAUAUAUAACGAUCACAGCAGUUAGCAAUCCAUAGUAAAAGUAAACAAUUAAAGGCGGCAAGUAAGAGGAACUAGCAAAAGGGCGGAUACAACAUAAACUAAACUCGCGCAAGUGCAUCUAUAUGAAUACGAUAUAGAUAUUAUAUAAACAUAGAUAUAUAUAUAUAUACGAGAUAUUAACAAGAGUAGUAGUCCCAGUAGCAACCCCCGACCCUCGACCCGAACCACUCAAACCCAAUCCUUGAACCGGAAACUCCCCAGAUAACGAGAAAAAGAAAGAGAAAGAAAAAAGAAAGAAAGAAAGAAGAAUAACAACUCUCCACGAAUAGCAACAUUUUCCGUGGCCUGUUCUUAUGUAACGUAUAGCAAGUACGAUUAUCUAAGGAAGCGAUCGUCAAAAUGCAAUAUACACUAAACACUAUACAUAAAUACAAGAAAUAUAACAAAUUGAGCAACAAGUAAGUGAAUGUAUGAAUGAGUAAAACGCUUUUAGCGCGCGACGCCACCCAUUAACUUAAAUAAACAAUGCAAAUAAAUGAGGUAAUGAGAUAGUGGAGCCACAAUCUUGAUAUAUGUAAAAGUAAUCGACAAAGGACAUUUAGCUGCAAUUGAAAAUUUAAACUAAUUUAAUACAAAUUGAAGUAAAAUACAAUGAAACCGCUGAUGGUUUUAGUACGUAAGGCCUUAGAUCGAUCAACCGGAAACUCCUGCGCAACUAUAGUAUUGGUUCCAAUCUAUCUACUAUAUAUACCUAUGACAACCACCCAGUUAAACUGCUUAGAUCUCGUUUCCAAAAUUAUGUCUGCGAUUAUGUCCCAGCACUUUAACCCAUUUACAAGCAACUAAGUAAGCAAACAAACGCGAAAAAGAAACCAAAAGGCAAAGGGCAAAGGGCAAAAGCAAAAGCAAAACCAAGUCUAUUUGUAUGUAUUUCCAUAGAACUCCUUAUAUAUUGUACGAGAACAUAUUUUUUUUUUACUAACUAAAUGAUACAUUUAUACAAUUAAUGAACGUUGAGUUUUGUGGCAUCAAAACUAAUUAAAUUUAACUAUAUACAUAUAUGUACACACCCACACAAGAACACAAUCGAGCAUUCAGACAUACUCACACGCACAUACGUCUAUAAUUUCAAAUAAAUUAGAAUGAAAAAACCGAAGAUUUCCAAACUAAGCCCCAAACAUUUUAGUAAUAAUCUAAGUAAACAGCAGACAAGUUAUAUAAAUCUUUAAACACACCCACUCACACACACACACACCCACACACCACACACACUGUUUUUUUGUAUUUGAAAAUGUCAGCAGAUGGAAAAUGACAGCCCAAAUCAAUAUAUAUUCAAACAUAUAUAUGCAUAGAAAAACCAACUUAUAUAUGAUGAACAACUUCAGCGUUUCGCUUUAAUUAUGAGGCAACAACC